AUGAUGAUGACAUCGUCGAAAGUCGGUGGUGUCAACGGUGGGUACGUGGAGAUGGAGAGACAAGAUCAAAACACAAGCACGACCUCGACGACACCGACGAUGUUCUCAAAAGCAGCCUCGUUCGCCUCCUCUUCUUCCUCUUCUUCUAAAGGUGGAGAGAAGAAUAAUAAUAAAAAGAAUAUCAACGGAGCGACGAAAAGGUUGUUGUCUCGCGCCUUUUCGAGAGUGAAAGACGACGACGACGACAUAAACAACAACAACAACGAGGAAGAAACAGAGGACGAACACGAACUGUUAUCGUCGUCGACGCCGAAAUCAACGACGAUUCAGACGACAAAAAGACAAAAGAAGAAGAAGAAGAAGAGUUUAACUCCAGCGAGAGGGAGUUUGUGGUCGCCCAGGAGAGACAACAGUCCUUUACCGACGAAAAAGAGCAGCAGCGAUGGGGAUGGCACAAAAAAUCCCAACCACAUGGAACGAGGGGAAGACGUCAUCACGCAGUUUUUAGGGGACGACGAACCUACCACGAUACACAACAGAGAGGCAGAGAUGAGUAGCAGCACGAAUAACACCAACAACACGAGGAGUAGUAGCAUCAACAGUAGUAGCGGAAGAGGCAAUAGCGAGAACUCGACGUCGACGACGGUCCUCGCGAGGAAGAGAAAUAUCUUUGCUCGAUUCUUUGGCGCGUGUUUCGGAGGCGCGAAUGCGUCGUCGUUCAAUGACAACAAUACAAAUACGAAACAACAACGAAACAUACGGGAUGAUGCGAAAGCACCGCUCAGGAAAGAAGAGAAAGCGCCGACAGUUGCCGGGUGCGUUCCGGUUCCGUGUCUUAAACCGCAGUUCUCCAACGUCGUCGGCGAAGGAUUUACUUUGCACACGGGCGCGUAUUUUCUCCCUGCACCGGAAACGUACAGAUGCGCGAAAAGCGGCAACGCGACGAGUAAGCCAUGUUUAGUUCUCGAUUUAGACGAAACGUUAGUCCACUCGUCGUUUCGGCCGAUACCGAACCCGGAUUAUAUAAUCCCGGUUGAAAUCGACGGCAGGAUAACCGACGUGUACGUGUUGAAAAGACCUUGGGUGGAUUUGUUCUUAAUCGAGAUGGCAGAAAAAUACGAGUUGGUGGUGUUCACGGCCUCGUUAGCGAAAUACGCGAAUCCUUUGAUGGAUAAACUGGACGUCCACGGUGUUGUUCGACACCGAUUAUUUCGAGACGCGUGUUACCCGUUCCAAGGGAACUACGUCAAAGACUUGACCUGUUUAGGCCGCGACUUGCGCAAAACCAUCAUCAUCGACAACUCUCCUUAUUCCUACAUGUUCCAUCCACAAAACGCAUUACCGGUGUCAUCGUUCAUCGACGACCCAGCCGACGACGCGCUGUUCGACAUGCUUCCUCAUUUAUACCAGCUCGCGGAGAGCGAAGACGUUACGGUGACGUUGUACCAAAACGAAGGGUACAUGCCUCGCGCUCGAUUUUACCCCACGCGCAUGGACAGAGCGCCCGCGUACGAUAGGUUAGGCAACAAAAUCUAG